CGAUUUUCGAUGCCAUUUCUUAUAUGCACAUAAACUGAUGACAUCACCACAAGCGUGUAAUCAUGGCGGACGAUUUUGACGACAGAGACGCGUUUGACGAUGUUGGAGAUGACUUGGAUGAUGAGGAGCCCCUAGAUGAACUGGACAAUGUAGAGCAAGAAGGAGAUGAGAACAUUGAUGUACUUCCUGCUGGAGAUGGAGACCAGCCCCAACAGCUCCAGAAGAUCACCACCCCUUACAUGACCAAGUACGAACGGGCCAGAGUGCUGGGUACAAGGGCCCUACAGAUAGCCAUGGGAGCACCAGUGAUGGUAGAGUUGGAGGGAGAAACAGACCCCCUACACAUCGCAAUGAAGGAACUCAAAGUCAGAAAGAUCCCCAUCAUCAUCAGAAGAUACCUGCCAGACGGGAGCUUUGAAGACUGGGGCAUCGACGAACUCAUCAUUCUAGAUUAACAACUGUAGUUUUUU